AUGGCUUCAUUGGUAUGGCUUUCAAUUGAUGGCGGCAACACCUUUGAAUUAAUAGCUGACUUUCAUGAUGAUAUCAUAAAGAAUACUUAUCAUAGUUUUUAUACUUCAGAUAUUACUUUUGUUUCCCGAAGUGGAAAGGUUUACUUGACAAAGGCAGGGUUAGGAAGAUAUAGUAAAAUUGGAUCUAUUUCUGAUAAAAUUUUCACAUUAUACUAUGACCACAUGGGAUUCAUACAUAAACUGACUCCGGAUCAUUUUGAAGCUGGUGGGUCACUUGCUGCCUUUGGAAAUUCUAAAGGUAUUUUUGGACAGGCUCCUGACAUGGGCUUUGAGACUGUCCUUGCUCCACAGUAUAUCACCUUAAAUGAAAUGAUCUUUUAUGCAUAUGUGCCCGAGAAUGAACCGAAGGAAAGUAUACACACCAAGAAAUUCAAUGACAUUCACCUUGGAAAGUUGAUACACUCCAGGAAAACUGGAACAGCUUACAUAAGAAAGAUAUUGCAACAUAACACUCCUAAAGGAUUUUUGUCAUCAGUUCUUGCGGAAAUUAUAGACCCUUUUGGAAUAGAGGAAGUGCAUGAAAGCUCUUGUUUGUCUAGUUCCCUUUCCAUUAAUCAAGCUGGAAAUUUCUCCUAUAAGCUUAGUCUUCAAUUACAAAGUGUUACUUCCUCAUUUCAAGAUUCGGAUAUAGAAAAGACUGUGGUGAUUCCCGGUUACAGCAGCUUCCUGAUCACAAGGAUUUUAGAUAAUGAGAAUGCUUUGGCUAUCGCUACCAUGCCUAAAACAGUACCCCACAAUAUGACCUUUCUACAAGGCUCUUGGUUCUUAUACAACUUUGGACAAAGGGAUGGACGAACGUGGAACAUACGUUCAAAACCAUGUAAUUACUGGUUUCAACAACAUGAUGAUUCACUAUCCCUCAAUGUCCUGAAAUACAUUGAUCUGGGAAAAUCUCAUACUUUAAAAAUUAAAGUCAUACCUAAUACAAAAGGUGUUCAAACACUUGAAAUCCCACUACUGAAAGUAGUCGUUGGAAACCCAAAUUUGUUGGAUGUUAAAGUUGAAGGCCAUUUUGAUGACGCUGAUAGUUAUCGAAUGGAAAUUUCUGCAGCCAGCAAAACUUUACGUCAAGGUUCAACUUCACUGGCGUUUAUUGUGUGGGGAGCAUCGACUGAGUGUCUUGUUACAACAUUCGUGCCAAUGUUGAAAAGCAGCUGUAGUUAUCUCAAGUCUAUGCAUCACAUUCCUAGUGAAAUUAUCCCAUUGGAAGACUGGAUCAGUGGAGUUCACAUGGACAGUCAGGGUUUUAAUAUGAUCAAAGUUUUGCCAAUAAACUACAGGCCUCCCUCUAAUAUGGGAAUAGCUAUUCCACUUACAGAUAAUUUUUAUCAUGCAGAUCCUAGCAAACCCAUACCGAGAAAUCUGUUUCACAAGUCAAAGAAAUCUGGUAAAUUCAAACAGUGUGCAAAUGUGUCUACUCGGGAGGAAUGUAAUUGCACAAAUGAUCAGAAGUUUUCACAUGCUGUUGCUUUCUCAGAUUGCAGAGAAAAGGUUCCUCGUUUUAAGUUUCCAGUUACACAAUAUCCAAUUUCUUUGAAAAUUUACAGUGAGGAUGGACAUAUCCCAGUGGAAACUCCAUACCUGGUUACUGUGACUGAAGUGAAUAACAGGGAAAACUGGAACCUAAAACACACUGUGCCAGAAAAUGUAAAAAAAAUGAAAGACUACUUAGAAUCGAUUCUUCAUGUUCCAGUGUAUAAUCCUUUAGGCCUCAACCUAAGUAUAAAGGGCUCUGAGCUCUUUCACUUCAGAGUGUCUGUUGUUCCAGGGGUGUCUUUUUGUAACUUAGGUGAAGAAUUUCAGAUUUAUGUUGACGAAGCCCCUCUGCCAUUUCCAGGACACACACUUAUUGCCCUCGCAGCAGCUGUACUGCUAGGGGGAUUAAUUUUUAUAGCAUUUAUGUUCCAGAUACGUAACAUCCACCCAUGGGAUACAUGCAAAAAAUUGAUUAGGACAAACAAUGUGAAUUCAACAAAUAUUACUGCUAAUUAG